AUGAAAGAAUCGGAAAUUUUGUCACUGAGUAAAAAUCAUAAUGACUCUGUUGAUGUGUUGGCAAUACGUAUUGAAGAAUAUGACACGGAUAUUCGAGAAUCUUUUCCAAGAAGAAAUACAGAAACAUCACAACAACAUUCACCAUCGAACCGGAAAAAAAUUAUACUGGGUUUAAUGCUGUUCACGACGAGCUAUUUGUCUUCGUAUUUGUUAUUCAAAAUUAUAAUUCUUAUUGCGAAUUCAAUAAGAAAAUAUAGUUUAUUGGUUAGGAUAUUGUUGAGUCUUUUCCUUAGUUUCGAAUUAUUUCAAAGAGCAAUUUUUGUGAUUUUUGGCGCAAUGUUAUCACAACCGACGUUAUUUCGAAAGCUUUUGAUUGUUUGCACACUGUUUAUAGCAAAAGAGGAUAUCCCACAUUACAACGACUAUCUAGCAAAUAAAUAUCUUGCGAGUUGUGUCGAUAUAUUAUCAAUGGUCAUAAAUGCACUCGCAAUAGUAGCUUCUAUUGUUGGCACGCUAGACACCGAUCACUGCGAUGAAGAAGUUAAUUGUGGUUCCGAUUUCUCGAUGAUUAGGAUCGUGGCUAUUGCUUUGACGUUAAAAUGUCCAUUAUUAUUGAUUAUGCAUUCUUAUGAGUCGCUUGACUCUUGGGUAGCAGCAGUCGACAAGUCAAUCAACUCAAAAAAAAUAAAAGAGUUUCUUGAGAAGCAUAGUACCAGCCAGCAUCAAAGAAUAUAA